AUGUCUAGCUCAGCUACAUCUGCACCCAAAGAAGAAGACAAGUACGGCACCAAAACAGCCGGAGGAGGCAUCAAGCUUCCAUCGAUAGCAUUCUUAUCGAAUCAAAACGAUGGUUUCUCAUUACUGCCAGUAAGGUCACAAGAUCUGCAACACCAACCGAGGCCCGAAAAUCAGGCUCAGCUGGCACGUCCCAGCGAGGCUAACUCUCAAGCGACAACUUCAUCAACUCCCGCAACGUUACCCAAUGCACAACGCUUACCGGUGCAUACUCAUGGAAAGCCACAGAAUGCCCAAAUUGGAACAUUACCACCACCUCCACACGAUCAUAUCCACACUUCCGCCGAAAUUCACCAUAAGCACGUGCAUCCUCAACAUACGCCUAGUCCUCAUCACCACCAUCAUGUACGCAGAGUAAGCAGUGGGCCUCACGCAAUUCAUUCUCAUCAUCCACAUCAUCAUCCUCAACACCAUCACCACCAUCACCACCACCACCACCAUCGCCACUCCUCACCUCCCCGUGGCCCAUACGAUGAUCAUCGGAUAGCUCAUCAUGGUCAACAAGAGCAAGGUGAAACUCUGGAGAACCUGAGCACUCAGGUGAAUGAAAUUCAUAAAAACGGGGAGAAUUUGACGAAUCAAGAAGCCACUGGACGGGAGAUAGCCAAAUCGACAACAACUAGACUAAAAGCUCCAGUCCCCUAUGCGAUCAACAAGGCGCCUCUCAAUGAUCUCUUGAAAUAUUUGUUUCCCACAAGAAAGCAUCUUGGAUCGAUUGUGUACAAUCCAACCACCACUUGGGCCACACUACAGAUCGAACAACUACAUGGAAUUGACAAGAACGAUAAGAUUAGGCUCCUUGAAAUUCAGUCUCGCUUUAUCGAGAGAUUGAAUGACCCAUACCGCCACGAAAAGGUGGAGUACAUUCCAUGCCUCCCGCCUUUCUCGGAGGCUUACAUCAACUGCUUUGUUGAGAUGAAAAUACCGUACAAGUUCAUCAAGGAGUUCUUGGAGGAUUGCGAGUCGGGAAGGAUUCAGCGCAAAAGAGAAUUAUGGGGAGGUGUUGGUGGUAUCUAUACGGACGACUCCGACAUCCUUUCGGUGCUAAAGCAUCUCGGUGUGUUUGAUAACAACGCCGAUCUCACUGAGAUCAACGAGAGCUGGAAGCAGGAGCACAUUGUUAGGCCGCUUAAUAUCCAUAAGGAUGGCGAUGGUGUGGAGCUUCUAGAUCUUUCCGUAACACUUCUAUUGUUGCCAACGUUGAAGCAAUACUAUGGAUUCUUCAAGAACGAUAUUAACUCAAGAUCAUGGCUUGGCGAACAACCGCACAAUGGACUCUCAUUUGGAGUUUGGAACAUCAAGUGGGAAACCUACAACACCUUCUCCGGAGAUAGAUACGUCCGCAAGAGGGCACAGAGGGAAUACGAGACUGAUCGAGAAGCUCAACAGGCAAUUGUAGAAAAUGGCAAAGGAUGGAGAUUUGAUUACAAGUGCUACAAAGAGCUCAAAACCAAGUUCAUGAAACUCGAUGCAGAGAAGAAGACCCUGCCCGAGACAGCUGCGGAGAAAGCAGACACCAAAUCAUUGGGUCAGCAAUCGAAAAGAUAA